UAUUGCAAUUGCUCAAUGUCAUAAGUUAUAGUGAGAAGGAACUGUAAUUUUCAACUACUCUUGAUCAACUGACUAGCACUCACUCCAGUGUGCACUCUUCAGGAUUUAUCCUUGCUAUGCCAGACCGCAAUGUGACGGGUGGGCUUGUAGGACUUCUUGCUGCCGCUGUGAUCGGCGUUGCAAUAAGAAACUACUUCGCCAAACCAAAGCUGCCUCGCGGUGUUCGGUUUCCACCAGGUCCGGUUUCACUCCCAAUUUUAGGCAGCGCACUGGCAAUCGAUGUAAACGCGCCUUGGAUUACCUACAAGGCAUGGGGCAGUCAAUACGGCGACGUGGUCUAUACCACGCUUUUCGGUCAAGAUAACAUUGUCAUCAACUCUGAGGAAAUCGCAAGAGAUCUCCUCGAAAAUCGGUCGCAAAACUACUCUGACAGACCAGAGAUUGCAACCAAUGAAUUAUUUGGCGUUGACCACACUACUGCGUUCAUGCGAUAUAAUAGCAGAUGGCGGCUUCAUCGUAAAAUUUAUCACCAGUCAUUCCGACAUGAUGUUACAUCCAAUUUUCGGCCCAUGCAAUUGGCAAAAACUCACGAACUUUUAAUGAACUUACUAGAGGAUCCUUCGGGCUACCCGAAACAUCUUGAAGUACAUGCGGGUUCGAUAAUCAUGUCUGCCGUGUAUUCAUAUGACGCAGCGCGCCGUAAUGACCACGAGAUUGAGCGUAUGGCAUUAGCCCUGGAGGUCAUACUGCAAGAAAUGAGACCGGAGGUAGCUGCAAUUUUCAGCGCAUUCCCCUCCCUUCUCCGCCUCCCGUCUUGGCUGCCUGGCAUGCGCCUCAAGAGAGUUUCACCCCUAGCCAAGCAGCUAGCAGUUGAAAAUUUAGAAAACCCAUUCGCGCACGCGGAGCAUCGUCUUGCUGCAGGAACGGCCUCUUCUUGCAUGGUCGUUGACCAUUUGCUGAAGCUUGAUGAAAGCGACGGCGAUUCAGAAUGGCAGAAGAAAGCGAUAAAGGAUUCUGCAGCAACUGCGACUGGGGCUGGCACUGAGACGACAGCGGCUGUAAUAAUGAACUUCAUCCUUGUGAUGAUUCUUUAUCCAGACAUGCAAGAGAAGGCACGCAAACUUAUCGAGAGCGUAGUCGGCACAAAGAGACUGCCAACGUUCGAGGAUCGUCCAUCCUUGCCCUACAUUGACGCCAUUUUGCGCGAGUGCCUUCGGUGGCGCCCAGUGUUCCCUCUAGCAAUCAUGCAUGCUGCUGUCGAGAGCGACGUUUAUGAGGGUUAUUACAUCCCCAAAGGUAUGCGAGUUCCCCCUGAUCUGAUCAAGUUCAUGUUGAUUUAUAGUGCAGGUGCUACGAUAACCCCAAACGUCUGGGCAAUGUGUCACAACGAAGCGAAAUACCCCAAUCCAGAUGAAUUCAACCCUGACCGUUUCCUCAAUGCAGACGGUACGCUGACAGAUGAUACUGUCAGUAUCGUCUGGGGAUUCGGACGGAGGAUAUGUCCUGGUCGGCAUCUGGCUGAAUCAUCUGUAUGGUCCGCGAUGGUCCAUAUCCUCGCGAUAUUCAAACUUUCAAUCGCUAAAGACGAGAGUGGUAAUGAGAUCAAGUUUAAGCCACGAUGGGAUGGAGGAAUUACUGUACGACCCGUGCCAUUCCCUUGUAGUAUCACUCCGCGGAAUGCAGGAAUGGAUAUCGCAGCCUUGCAUCAUUUGAUCAAAGUAUCUGAUUAAAGUUUCUGCCAGUAUGGCAUGUACACUGUAUAGUACGGACAUGGAUUUUGCUGUGGGAUGGAACUUGGGUGGAACAGGGAUAUUUUAUAUACCAUGUCAUAAGUACUAAUGAUAGUGUAUUCGUCGUACGUAGCUUAAGCUGAAAUCGACUUCUACAAAAUGUUGUAGCAACGCCAAGUUCUCGGGAGCUUGCUG